UCCAGCUCCGGUUAAGUUUCGUUUCGUGCUGCUGAUAAACUCGAUCCUCCGGAGCUUCGGCGGUCACUGCAGGAUGUUCUGCUGGGGAGAGGACAGCCAGCAGGGCUUCUGGCUCCAGCAGCGGCCGGAGGCCCGCAGCGAGGCCGCCGUCCAGCACCUGGAGGUCCGCUACAGAGUGUCCGACCUGUCGGCGGCUUCCAGCGUCCUGAGCUUCGUCAAAUCCAAUGGAAACGCGUUUAUCAUGAGAACAGCUGAGAGCAGAGACGGAAGGAGAGUCCGAGAAAAACAGAAGUUUGUGAAGAGCAAAGAGAAGAUGAAGGCAGUGAGCUGUGGUGAUGAAGAUCAUGUGAUGCUGCUGUCUGACAGAGGAGCUUUACUCUCUGUGGAUUCUACUCAGACUCCCCUCACAGCCAGGCCUCUGGAGGCUUUUUCCAACAUCCAGGUUUCUCAGGUGUCCUGUGGAACCAAACAUUCUGUCGUCCUGACCAGAGACGGCUGGGUGUUUACAUGGGGCCAGAACUCCAGAGGCCAGCUGGGUUUGGGGAAGAAAAGUUCUGGUUCUGGUUCUCCUGAACUCGUCCGAUCGCUGUCGGAGAUCCCGCUGGUCCAGAUCUGUGCAGGUGGAGAUCAGAGCUUCGGUCUGUCAGUGUCUGGAGGUUUGUUCUCCUGGGGGAGGAAUGACUGUGGACAGCUGGGCCUCGGAGACAGUACAGACAGAUCAACACCAACCUCAGUUCAGUGUCUGAACAUGAAGAAAACUGUUCACGUUUCCUGUGGGAAAGACCACACGGCCAUUUUAACAAAGCAUGGCUCAGUGUUUACAUUCGGCUCCGGACAGUUUGGACAACUUGGACACAACUCAACCAGAAAUGAAGUCCGUCCUCGGCUGGUGGCAGAACUCUGGGGGGCGAAAGUCAUCAAGCUCGAAUGUGGAAGAAAUCACACCUUGGUGCUGACUGAUACCAGGAAGGUUUAUUCAUUUGGAUGUGAUGAUCAGGGUCAGCUGGGACGUGGAGACGAUCCGACUGUUCCACUUCCUGUUCAGCUGCCAAAUGAGCCCAACAACGUGGAAGUCAGAAACAUCUUCGCUGCAGAAAACUGUUCGUUUGCGACAUGUUUGUCUAAUCAGGAUAUUCACGAGGAUUCGAACCCUGAAAGUUUAACUCAGCAUCGCCUCGAUGAUGUGAUCGAUAAAUGGAGCUCAGAGUUGGAUCCAAAGUCGUGGAAGAAGAUCAGACAGGAAAUCUGCAAGAUGUUUUCAUCUGCGUGCUGCUUGAACCAAAGCUUCCUGGAGCAAAGUGGAGACAAACAUUUCCAAACCUCACCAAAGUUCUGCGGCUUGAACCUCAAACUUGCACGACGAGCUUUUAAGAAACUGGUGAAGAAGGAUGACGUUCGAGCUGAGGUUGAGGCUGCCGUCCUGAAGCUGCUUCCCUCCCUGCAGAAGAAGACGUUGAGCGUUGAGGCUUUGAGGAUUUACCUGCUUCUCAUCGAGCUCCUGCAUGUGAUCCAGAAACACACCCGGCAACGGAGCACGAAGCUGGCCGAGGCGGUCGCUGCUGCCGUCAUCAGCUUGUCGCUGGAAAGUCUCCAGGUCAUAGGGGACUGGUGGUCGUCGCUGUCGGCCUCCACUAUGGUUCGAUAUGUGACGGUGUGGAAGCAGGCCGUCUCAGUGAUCCUGACCUCUGAACAUGAUCCCUACAAGUCUGGAAUCAGAAACCUGCUUCAGGUCCUCCAGUUCAUGUACAAUGCCAACAGCAGGGUUGCAGAGUCGCAAAGGAUUCCAGACAACGAUUUUUACUUAUCCAUUGACGAAAUGUUUCUUCGUCGGGAUCUUCUGGUUUGGCAAAUGCGGUCUCAGCAGGUGUUCAAUGUUGAGCCUGUUAUUGUUGGUAACUUCCCAAUAGUGAUGGAUCUGCAGUCAAAGAAAAGGGUUUUUGACUUGAAUGCUGACUCCAGCAAGAAAGGAGACAUUGAUGAAUAUGAAGAAGACUUGUUUUGGGAAUUUGGAAUCUGUUACCCCAGUUCUCACUACUUUGAACUGGAGCUGAGGCGAGCGUCGAUUCUGGAGGACACCUUUGAAGAACUGGCUGCUGCUGAUCCCGAAGACUACAAGAGGCCACUUUCGGUCUUUUUUGAUGAAAACUUUAGAUUGAGCAACCUCGACAUGAAAGACUUCUUUUAUGAAGUUUUUCAUGAGAUGAUCUCAGCAGAAUCUGGAAUGUUCAUGUUCAAUGACUCUGAAACGCUGGCAUGGUUCCCCUCCACAGCAGCGCAGGAGGACCAGCGGUUCUACAUGUUUGGUGUUCUCUGUGGACUUGCUCUGUACAACCAGCACAUCAUUUACCUGCCGUUCCCACUGGUUCUGUUCAAGAAGCUGCUCGGAGUGAAGCCUUCUCUGGAGGAUAUGAUAGAAUUCAGCCCAACUGUUGGAGAGAGUCUGCAGUCCAUCCUGGAAGACUACACAGACGAUGACAUCGUAAACCUGUACAUGGACUUUAUGAUAAACUGGGAUGGGAAAGAAGUCGACCUCGAUCCUAAGAAUCCUGAAAAGCCGUUGACGAGUCAAAACAAGAGGGAGUUUGUGGACGCCUAUGUGAAUCAUGCCUUCAACACAUCGGUGGAGACUGUGUUUCAGGCGUUCAAGCGAGGCUUCUUCCAGGUGUGUGAACGGGAUCUGGUGAAGCUCUUCAGGCCAAAGGAACUACAGGAGGUGAUGGUGGGCAAACACUUCCAGGACUGGGAAAAGCUGAAGCAGAACACUCGUUAUCAGGGAGACUUCCAUCCUAACCACCGCACCGUCCAGAUGUUCUGGGAGGUUUUUGAAGAACUAAGUGAGAAUCAGAAGAAAGCCUUCCUCUGGUUCGUGACAGGAUUUGAACAGGUGCCUAUUCUCAGCAAGGACAAAAUCGCCAUGACAAUCAGAGUACGACUCGUCCAAGAUCUCGACUACGACCGAUAUUAUCCCGAAACGCACACAUGUAACUCAGUGCUGGAGCUGCCGUUGUACUCGACCAAGGAGAUCAUGCAAACCAAACUGACGGAGGCCCUGAGCAACAACAGAAGAAUCCGUCAGUGAUCAGCUCUGUUCUUCGAAGUUUUUACCAGAUCUGGGCUAAAAACAGGACCUAAGUUCACAGUAGAGCAUUUUGUUAACAGCUAAGCCCAUUUUGUAGCGGUUGAUGUUUAACUGAACAUAAAAGUUGUCAAAUUUAUGAUGAUGAAGUUGUGAUUACUUGAAAAAAAUCAUUCCUCGUACUGAAAAUAUGAAUGCAAACUGUAUGUGUGCAGAGUUUGCAAAGAAGUCUUCAGUUUUUCUUACACCUGUUACGUCUCUUAAGGAAUAAACCUGUAAAAUAUCUGCAUUCACUAAAGAGGAAUCAGGGGUUACACUUCUUUGCUUCCCUUAAACUGGUUUGUAAACUUGUUGAUUAUUGUUAGAAUUCUGCUUUGAAGUAUUUUAUUUUGUAUAUUCUGAAAAAAAUAAACUGUUCUGUGACCAAAACGCCA